AUGGUUCUGAUUGUUAAUGAAUUUUUUUGCCGUAGGGUGAGACCGCUGGGAGAAAAGGAGCUUCGAAGAAACGACCCGUCAGUCAUCAGCUUCCCAGGGAACGGUCAAAUAAUGCUGGACGGUCUGAGCGGGGUACCAGGACACACAGGUGGGAAGUCAAAACUCUUCUCCUACAACGUGGUGUUCGAGCCGGGGGCCACCCAGGAGGAUGUCUUCCAGUUCUCCGGGGUUAAGAGACUAGUAGGGAUGGCAGUCGAGGGUUUCAGUACGACGGUCUUCUGCUAUGGUCAGACCGGAAGCGGAAAGACCCACACUCUUACCGGACCUCCGGGGCUGGUUGAGAAGAACGCCGAUCCUUUCUCUCCCAAUCAUGGACUUGUAUUUCGCUCUUUCAUGUACCUCUUCCAAACUCUUCAAGAGAUGAGGGACACGCACUUCGUUCUUAAAGCGUCAUUCCUCGAGAUCUACAACGAGAAGGUAAUAGAUCUGUUAAACCCUGGCACAGCGCGGAAGCCUUUAGCAGUGAGAUGGUCCAAGAAGUGCGGAGGAUUCUUCGUCGAGAAUCUCUUCACCGUCGACUGCGAAGAACUUGAUGACCUCCUUGCUGUUUUGGAAGAAGGUAUGAGGAACAGAUCGGUAGGAAGUCACAGUAUGAAUGAACAUUCCAGCAGGAGCCAUACGAUACUAACCGUUAAUAUUACUUCGGAACAACAGUGUAACUAUAUUCAACCACUGCAGAGGAACUCCAAAAUCGGGGAACUCCAAUGGAAUUAG